CAAUUUCAUUUCCGGAUAUGUGUUUUUAAUUUUCAUUGCGAAGACCCCAAUUUAAAAAAGAGGCAUCAGUCUUAAUCGUCAUUUUUCUCCUUCUUGCUUUCUAUUCUUUCAUAAGUGACCGUUUCAGAUGCCAUGUUUUGCGCCAGUACAUGAGUUAUCUCGACUUUACAAAUCAAAGAAUUGAUGAAUCAUUUCGAAAACUUUGCAGCAAAGUAUAUUUCAAGGCAGAGGCUCAGCAAAUUGACCGUAUCUUGGAGGCAUUUGCAUGUCGGUACUUGGAAUAUGUUAUACACGCAGUAGCAAUGGCCUUGGUACUUUUAAACACGGAUCUACACGGCGUACACGAUAAUCACAAGAAAAUGUCGCGAGCAAAAUUUAUCACUAACACAAUGACAACCAUUCGCGACGUGAUGACGAUGACAACCCCCGAGAAGCCUACGAUACGAAAUUCUGUCACUGGUGCUGUUGCUAUCACAAACGAUAACUCCUCCUCCUCCUCUUUCACAAACGACAAUGGUAAUAAUAAAGCAGCUCGUCGACGGACGCUUUUAUCACUCAGCGAAAGCGUGCUUUCUGCAUUAACGUCAGCCUCAAACGGCUCUUCUCGCUGGAUGAUACGCAGAAGCAUGAGUUCAAAAAGCGUUAAUAGCAUACCGUCACCUGGAACCCUCACUACACAUAAUGAAGCACACAGACAGCAGCCAUCAUCCAGUAAACAGAACUGGGUAGUCAGUAACAAUAAUGAGAUUGACAACAGCAAUAACGAUACCGAGCAGCAAAACAGCAGUACCAAUAACACUCGAUUUGGAUUGAUCGAUGAGCAGCGAUCAUGGUCAGAAGACAUGGAGAAUCUUUUGAAGGAUCUUUACAUAUCUGUCAAAGGAAACCAAAUCAUCCAAAACAACCGAAUGAAACGAGCAUCAGCAUCAACCCACGAUCAGACGGACAGAAACACAGCAUCCCCAUCAAGUAAUAACAUUGACAGCAGCAGCAGCAAUAAAGCCCUACUGCGACGUCGUCGAGGCCAAUCACUGCUGUUACCCUUGGCAGGGUUAUCUGGUGCUCUUGACGACAUUUCUUUGCUGAAACAGAAAAGAAGGCUGUCGCAUUCACCUACCGACCCAUCGAUAUAUGCCCUUGAUAACAGAGGUUGUGAAGCAACGAACAUCACCACCUCCUCUACUGGUUCCCCCAAUAUUAGAAUGCGCAAGGAAGGGAUUGUUAUGCAGAAACACAUCAUGGAACACGCGACAAAAAAAGCGCGACACCGAGCUUGGCAACCUUGUUUUCUCGUUGUGCAUGGAGGGAAAGCCGAUCUAUGUCGACCACCGCCGUCUUCUUCUGCAACCGCAAAGGAGCAAAAGCGAAAAAGUAUAUGGGGUGGCUACUCUCACACUAUUCACGAUUCUUAUUAUGAGCGCGAGCAGAAUAUACUGUGCGCUAGCACUGGCAGCAGCAGCAACAACAACAAUAACAGUGCCAAAAGGACCGAAAAGGAUCGUCGCGCUGCGCUAGUACAAACAAUUGAUCUGAAACACUCGAUUGCAAAUACUCUGCCACCACCGGGCUGGCAUGGCGGACGACGCCAUGUUUUUAGCUUACAGACUGCUGAUGGAGCGGUUUGGCUGUUUGAAUCAGUGGACGCGGAAUCGACGGUAGCUUGGGUGACUUGUUGCAAUUAUUGGGCCGCAUUGCUAAGCAAAGAGGCGAUGCCGGGCGCAAUUUGCAAUCUUGACUACGGCUGGUGGCAUAGUAGCAACAUAGGCAAUUCAUUCGUGUAUAACAAUAGCGACAGUAAUAAUGAUAGCAGUGGUGCCGACAACAGCAGCAACACCAAUAUUGAUUGUUCUAUCGACAUUGUGAUAUCGGACUGGACGCCGCCUUCACCGUCUAUGAUAGCCAGUCAGCUGUCCGAAACAGAAAAAACGAUUGUGUUGAAGAAGCAUAUCGCAUUCUUGCAACAAGAGAUCAAAGAUCAUCGAGCAGUGCGAGAAAGCAUAUACAAAAGGGUACAUCUUCUUGUUAUUUUCUUGUACCGCUUUCAACAACCACAUACAGUGUUUUUGUUAACCUUUGCUGAAUUCUGCCUAUAGUUCGCAGGGUAUAACAACAAGGACCGCGACUUGAAAAAAUCCAAGGCACUCGACAACUGGGAGCGUAAAAUGCAAUAUCUACUGCAUGAGGUGAUCAAGUUUCGAACCUACGUCGAAGCAUUGAUGUGUUCCCCGUCAGUAUAUCGGCAACAGCAGCAACAGUAUCAAUAACAAUUACAGAGGCAUACCUUGCGACUGACUGUGGUGUAUUUAUUAUGUUUACCUUUGCUUGUACAUAUAUUACGUUCUUUAUCUCUAAUUCAAUAUGUUUCAUUAUAUAACCUUCAUUCAUGUAAUGCGCGUUACUCAAAAAGAAAAGCAAA